UUAGGUUACGUUAGGGUUAGGGUUAGGGUCAGGGUUAGGGGUUAGGAUUAUAGGCUUAGGGUUCUUGUUAGGGUUAGGAUUGUGUUUAGGGUUAUGGGGGUUGUUCUGCUGCCCUCACCCUGUGUCUCCACCCCCUCCCCAGGCCGCCCGCCCCAUGUCCCAUCGCAGCGCUGAUGCCCCGGAUCCCCCCCCCCAUCCCGGCCCUGGUUCCACCCCCCAUAAUGAGGAUCAGGAGGAUCAGGAGGAGCAGGACGGCCCCAAAACCUUCGCGGCUGCUCUGUCUGAGCUGGAGCGGAGCCCAGGACGGCGAAUGGGGCGCCUGGAGCUGGUGGCGGCGGCGCUGGCAGCGAUGCCGGCCAUGGGGGUGGCCCGGCAGCUGGACGCCUACAACCGGCUGCUGCGGCUCCUGCCCCAGGGGCCCUGGGUCCCUCGUGGGGCCCUUCAUCGACUCUUCGCCCCCUUCCCCCGGCAGCAGGAGUGUGGGCUGCAGGUGCUGGAGCAGAUGGAGAGAUACGGGGUGAUGCCCAACGCAGAGACGCGGUUCCUGCUGCUCUCCAUCUUCGGGCCCCGCAGUCGCCCCGUACGUAAGUGCCAGCGGAUGCUGUACUGGCUGCCGCGCAUGAAACACGCCAACCCCCACCCGCUGCCCGCUCAGCUGCCCCCCCCCGGGUUGGCUGCCGCCUGCCUGGGGCUGCGCCGCAUCGCCAACGACCUCAGCGCCACGAUCAGCAUCUACCAGGUGGGGGGUGUCACGUGGGGGGGGCAAAGGGAAGACAUUGGGGACAAGGGGUGGGGGGUUAUGGGGGCGAACUUGGCCAAGUGGAUCGCGGGGCUGCAGGAAACAAACCCCGUCCUGGGUCAGACGCCCGUCAUCUUCCGCCUGGGGGAGGGGGAUUCUGCUGCUGGAGACCCCGGAGACGGGGAUGAACUGAACCUGGAGGGGGAGGGGACGGCCAAACUGGAGCCCCCCGAGGAGGAAGCUGGGGCACAGAGCACAGGGGGAGGGGGGGAGGGAGGGGCGGGGGGCAGGGGCAGCGGGGGGAGGGGGCAAGAAAGGGGGCGGAGGGGGGAAGCCGCGGGAGGGAGGGGCAAGAAGGGGUCGGAGGGGGAGCCGCCGGAGGGAGGGGCAAGGAAGGGGGGCGGAGGGGGAGCGCCGGGAGGGGACAGGGGCAGGUGA